AUGGAUAACUCCGCACCAUCGCCCCCACUCUCGCUGGAGGAGGUUCUCGAGAUCUACCUUCUCUGCUUCGAAGCCGCAGUGGCUGCCCUCCCACCAUUCUCCCUCGCGUACGCAAUGUCGUGCCAAUACGACGACGUAGAUGUCCCUGUUUGGAUGCUGUGGGAUACGGAUGACCUGGACGAUCCGCCUGCCGAUCCCUUUUCGCUCUCUUUCCCGCCGGAGUAUGUGGUGGAUGGGUUGAUGAAGAAGGACAUGUGCGAUUGGUUUUGCUUCCUCCUCGAAAGUGAGGUUGACAGGAAGCUGCGAGAACUCUUCGGUGCAAGAGUGCGCUGGCUGCAAUGCUGUCCCCGAAUCCCCUUCCUCCUCGCCACCAGAUCUGGUGAGCACCAGCUCGAAAUCCCCACGCACUCCGUUCUCUUGGUGACGAGGUGUGACGGCAGAAUGGCUGUCAUGGACGGGACGCUGCAGCAGUUUGGCUGGCCACGUGAGACCUGGCUUCAAUCGUGGAACGACUUCCUUACGACUCGAGUAAACACCAGGGAGCAGCCGUGCUACCUUUUUGCUUCCGAUGAGGACAGGGAGUCGGCGAGGGAGCUGGCUACGGAAACAGAUGGGGGUUUUUGGGAAGUGGCGCAGGAAAGGAUGACAGAACUCUUCGGGGAGUUGGAUUGGGAGGAGUUGAAGAAUUUGGGGACUGUGGAGCGCGUGGAACGCGUGAAGAGACAGGCUGAAGAUAAGUUUGCUGGUGCGAACGAGGAGGCUUGUGAGAGAUAUGAUAGAGAACAAGGAAGAGAAUGA